AUGGCAGAAGACCAGUCACCACCAUCAUUGAACUCUCUAUCACCGUCAUCGUCUCCGAUAGAUGGACAAGUAAACAGUGCACUUGAAGGUUCUUUUGUAUAUGUCGCUGGUGAUCCUGAGAUACAGACAAAUGGAAAUGUGCCUGAAACCGAAUUAUCGGAUGGGGAACAUUCAUCAACUUCAUCUGAAACCAGUGAACGUUUUCCAGAUGAGGAAGAUACUGUGUCUUUGGGUGAACGUGUCGCGAAGCUUCGCACCGUCGAAAGACAACCAUUCACAUUUCCCACCAAUUUUCGCAUUCUUUACGUUGGUUCACCACCAACCGAAGUACUAAAACAAAAAUUAUUCCUAAAGUUUGUGAUAGGGCUGUCCGAUAUUUUCUGGGAAGAAGCGAACAGUGACUUACAAAGCUACGAAAUAAAACCGGAGAAAAAAAGUAAUAUUGAUCCAAUUAGCAACUUUAAUGAUCCCAACUUGGACUACUAUCCGGAGUACUAUCCCGACUCUGGAGUGGCAAUUAGCGAAGCUGACUACACAAAUCGACCGUUUGAAGAAGCGCUUUCCUAUCUUCAUAAUCAAUUUCAGAAAAAAGAAAAUGACGAUGAUUUAGUUGAUUUGUGCAUCUUCUUUAUACCAACUGAUGUGACUCAACUCACCCGCGAAGUUAUUCCAUUCAUGAAGAGGUUAAAAGGAAAAGUCACCAUAUUCCCGGUCAUCGCGUCAGAAAAAGACUUUAACGGAUACGGAAUCUUUUUCAAGAAUGAAUGUGAAGAAAAACGGCGCUCAGUUGCAAAAUGUUUUGAAGAUAACAACAUUGAUAUUUUUAUAUGGAAAGAUGACGGGUUAAUCCAAGAUCGAAAUGAACAAAACGAACUACUCCCCUCGAAUUGGGUUGAAACAAAUUACACAAAGAAAGUUCUCACGGUCGAAGAAUUCGCCAAAAUGAACGAAACGCUGCUUUAUGAGGACCUGAAAUUGUUGCGCGAACGGUCGUUGGAGAUGCGAAAAGAUCGUCAGCAUGAUGAAAUGGUUAAAAAGAGGGUUCAGACUUUUGAGUGGUUCGUGGAAAUUCUUCGGACUUUUACUAUUGUGUCGACUAUUCUUUAUACGAUAUAUUUGGUGGUGUUUGGUGUUUGGAGUUAUGCUGAAUGGUCGGUCAUGUCGUCUGACCUCCGAGACUCUUUACAUGUUGUGUCAAGCGCAACAUCUCGAUUGCCGUUUGACAAUAAUAUCCCUAACUUGCCGUCUGGCGGAAAUAACAUCAAUUACGAUGACACGUCAGCUCGUUUUGAGGUGUUACAAUUAUCCCAAUCACGAUUUGUCGUUGACACAUUCUCAAGACGGGGCAACGAGGUAUCGUUUGAGGUAAUCGUCAAACAUAAUCCUCAAUUAUUACGCCGCUACGAGGCUGUAGAUUUUAAAAAUGGAAAAUACGAAUUUAAUAUCGAUGUCUCUGGUGCUAAAGGAGACGUUUUCGUAGAAGUGUGGGAAAAAGAUAGUGAAACAGUCAGAGUAGUAAAAUGGUCACCAGAUAAAGUACCGAAGCCAGAACCUGAAGUACCAGUACCUAAUGAAGACGAGAAUGACUACACUAGUAGUAUAAUUAAAGGAGCGACCGAUUAUGCUACGAUCGUUGCUCAUAAUUUAAAGCACAGGGUGACACCAUCCAUUCAAAUAAUCACAUCAUGGACAGUAAAAGCUGGACAGCAUAUCAAAGAUAAUGCUAUUCACUUUGCACUUAGCUCUCAAUAUUGGGCCAUGUUUCUCAAAGAGAAAUUCGAUGAAUUAGUCCCGACUGUAUGGGAUAUGAUCAUAGAAUGGGGUGUUUACCUCAAGACGGGUGCCCUGAGUUUGUUCGAAGAACAAUAG